AUGGCAUUAUUUUUGAUGUUAGUAAAUGCCAUACCGACGGUGAUCGGUACCGCUGAAGCAUUAGAUGUUCAGAAGAAGGAGGAUUUGGCUCAGAAGCACAAAGCAAAGUUUUUCAUGACGGCGAAUUUUGCUCUGGAUGGCAAGGCUGCUCAUGAAAAAGAAGCACAGGUCGUUCUACGCGAUAAUAGGAUGUAUCUAAAUCACCCCGAUGCGCCGAAAGAAGGACAUCGAUUUUGUGGUUACUAUUUCAUGUAUCCAGGCACCGAAGAACAUGGCUUGGUAUCGACGAUUCAAGAUAAUCCUCCGAUGCUAAAUUGGAUAUUUGUCGACUCAAAUACUUUGGAGGUGCGAUAUGGUGGGCGAGCAGAUACGGUGGGCAAUUUAGCACACCCAUGGGAAUGGUCAGAGGAUGAAGUAAAUUUGACGCUGGAAGAAGAUGAAGGAUUUGUUGCAGUAGAAGUUGAGCCUGGAUUAUGGCAAAUAUAUUUUGAUAGAAAUGGGGAUUUCUCUGGUCUUCCCACAGGAAAGAAAAUCCAGGAAGUUUGUUUGCUCCGGCGGAUGAUGUGUGGAUGGAAUAGUCAGCUAGUACCAGCCGACAGGAAAAAGGAGGGUGGUUAA